GAGAGAGAGAGCGAUAGUAGGCUACAAAACUAAUCCGAUUAUGGGACUAUACAGUUUACUGAGCGCCUGUUUCUCGACUAUACUUUGGCUGGGUGUAUGUGUGGCACUUUUAUUUUGUACAACAUGAUGAUAACAUUACAAAAGUCGGCGGGACUAAAUCCGGUUUUGCUUUCCGUCGUCAAGGGGGAUUUCGACUGUGGAACUUUGAAUCACAAGCCUUACAUUUUCGUACUGCUUCGGGCGUAAUGUAGCCUAUAACAUUUCAAUGAUUUAAAACAUGAUUUAACAGAAAAACAGUUGUAUAACCUGUGCUCCAACGUUGCCUAUUAUUUUUGCUAGGUAAGCGCAGUUUUUAUUUCUCUCUGAACUCAGGAUGCUGGAGUUGAAAUGUUAUCCCGGGAAUAUUCUCCGGCGGAGAACGAGCAGCUGCAGUUGGCCAGUUUGAUCAAAUCAAUCUAGUAGCCAAACCGUCAUUGUCAUUUAAUGUCCAUACUCUUUACAAAGUUCAACAAAUACUCGCGUUGAUGUUGGCAAAAACCUCUAAGUGCUCUUUGCCACACAAGCACCAUUCUUCCCCCUGAAGGGCAAACACCUUGGGGGUUAGAUGGUGCUGAUCACGGACGAGAGAGACGGAGGAGUCUCCUCUACCACGUCCCGCGUCAAACACCACAGGCAACUGAGACCCAAAGGCGCCAGCGGCAUCGCCCAGGUCCACCCGAUCAUAACAGAAGAAUCGCCGUCUUUAUCGGACGACGACUCUUACCUCGGGUCCUGCGAGUCUGAGGGGGACGAGAACAACGACUACGAGGAAUAUGACGAUUUAUCUCUACUACCGGACACCAGAAGUAUCGCCUCGGACGACUCGUUCUACCCACCCGAUGAUGCGUUUGCUGACAACGAGCGGACCCCCUCUCCGGACAGUCCGGAACCCCUCUCGUUCUUCCAAGCAUGCUGCACUAACAACGCCACGAGAGUCCGGACCAUGAUCCGACAAGGUGUGAGGGAGGAGGAGGUGAGGGAAACUGAUAAAAACAAAAGGACAGGGCUGAUAGUGGCGUGUUACCAAGGCUAUGUGGACGUUGUCAUAGCGUUGGCUCAGUGUUCUCGCAUGGACGUCAACUGGCAAGACACAGAGGGGAAUACAGCCCUAAUCACCGCUGCACAAGCAGGACACAUAAUGAUCAGUAACUACCUGCUGAACUAUUUCCCUGGUCUGGAUAUAGAGAAGAGGAACUGCCAUGGCUUCACUGCUCUGAUGAAGGCUGCUAUACAAGGCAGAGUAGAGUGUGUAAGGGCUCUGAUGCUAGCAGGAGCUGACAUGGAAGCCAGAGACUUUGGUCGUCAGCUGACCUCUCGGGAGUGGGCAUUGUUCACAGGACGUUACGACACCGCCUGGGCCAUGACACGCCUUCUCUCCAGACCCUGUCCUUUUCAGCUGUGUGAUAGAUACAGUACAGAGUGGUCUCCGCUGGCAUCUCUGGUAUCUAAAGCCCGGGAGCCGAGAGGAUGUUUACAGCGAUUUUCAGACACCAUCCGCAGCGCUCUGACGUUCGCCAACAUCACCGAGCCGGACGACAAAGGGGUUUUAGACCACCUGGUCACCGUGACGACAGCCCUGGGGAGCCCCUUCGUGGCAUUAGCAUGUACCACGGUGUGCCCGGCCAGCCCACCCUGCGUGGGUAAACGUCGCUACUCUGUCCCGGAGAUUCUCGCCAAACAGCUGAAAACCCAGAAUGCCGAGAGGCUCGAAGGGCACCGCAGACUCCUCCAGAACUCACGGGUCACUCAGGUGCCUGAGCCUCCAAAGGAGCGGUGUUCCGGCCUGCCACCGCAGACCAAAAGCCCCAAUAAGGUUAACCCUCCCCAGGGUAUGGCGUACGCAGCUGGCGCCCCUCCCUCGGUGGCCCUGCGGAAGACCAGCCUGCUGCCUCUGGGUGUGCUUCGGCAUAGCAGUGUGCGGCCGGGCCUGUCCAUACCCAAGGUGAGAAUCUCCAAGGCCCCCACGCCAACCCAUGACCCUGAAAAGGUCCGCAGGAAGAGCAGCUUUAAGGACGGAAGGGACCUCCUACAGCUUCCCAAGUGGAGGUAUAAAGAGCUGAAGGAGGAGAGGAAGAGAGCGGAGGAGGCAGAGAGAAAGAGGGUGGAGGCGGCCACGAGACAUCACCUGGCCACUGGAAAGAGGAAAUAGAUGUACACAGGAAGAGAUGUAACUCCACCCUGUUGCCCAGACACCAGGUCAGAGGGGUUUUGGUACUAGAUAUGUUUCAUGUUAACUUAUGUUCUUAUUUAUUUGCUUUCUUUUGGAGUAAAAGUGACAGGGUUUAUUUUAUAAUGCAGUCGAUUCCCAAAACCAGCAGUAUUUCUGUGGCACGAUUUCUUUAUUAUAUCGUUUCAAAUCCAUUUGACCAGAUUGUAUACAGAGAAAAUUUCACAGACAUAUUUCACAACACUUUAUUGCCUAAAAUGAAAACACAAUAAGCUUUGGAAAGUGUUAGAAUAUACCAGAAGACGAGUUUACAUUUCAUGGUUUAUAAAUCCAUUAAGUAAGCCUACAAUGCUGUCAAACUGACUUAAUGUCAAUAAACUUACAAUACGCUUUACUUUGUAAGCAAUGGCAUUUGACUGAGCAAUAACAGUUUAUUUUUAGGGUUAGGAGUUAGAUAUGCUUUCAUAUGGUGAAAUAGCGGCUACUUUAUACUGGCUUGUUUUAAACAUUUUAUUUUUCCAAUUCUGUGAAUGUAUUUUUCAUAUAGAUUGUAACUCAUCAGGAAUUGUUAAUUAGAGAUAUAAGUGGCUUUGUUCAAACUUUAUGUCUACUUAAGCAGGCAUAGUUUUGCAAAUGUUAGUGAAUACAAUAUGUUCCCUGUCCAAGUGCAACAUCUCAACACUACACUGUUUGCAUUAAGACACUAUAUUAUCUGUUAUAUCUAGGGGGACCUGGAACAAUAUUCUCUAUGUUUACAGCUGAGUGCUAUGCAUGACAUUACUGUCCAGCUGCACUGACCUCAGAUCAGCAUCUAAAACCUUCAUACUGUGCUUACUACAAAUACAAAAUAGUGUGUCUAUGUAAAUAGGAAAGAACAGAAGUCUGGUAAUAGCCAAGAGUAAUAACACCAAGACCAGAAACGUAUCAGGAAAGGUAAUAGGAAAGGCAACAGGACAGGCAACAGGAAAAGUAACAGGAAAGGUAACAGGAAAUGUAACAGGAAAGGCAACAGGAAAUGUAACAGGAAAGGCAACAGGAAAUGUAAAAGAAAAUGUAACAGGAAAAGUAACAGGAAAGCACAGAUGUGAUAUUGCUACUGUAGGGACUGAAGGGAAGACAUUUCAGAGUGAUAGCCCCAAAGACAGCACGGGACAAGAACCGUUGUAGCUGUGUCUACAGCCUUGCUUAUUAGUUGCUACUGAGUUAACGGGGGACGGGACGGUUGGACGAAUAAUUAUCUCUGUAAAUAAAUGGAGCAUAACACUGAAAUGCAUCCCGAAAGUCAGUAAUUGGAACCUGUAUAUGUGAAUAUUUCAACUCACCCCCCGGACAAAACACUCCAAGCCCAAAUCUGCUGGUGGACUGAAUACUGUGGAAACGCUCCAUUAAACUCCAUUAUACUGGUCAGAUUUUUGGAGUCUUUAGUCUAGGUGUUUUUCUCAGGAAGCCACACUUUUGUAUGGAAUAACGAAACAUUUACAGUACUGUUUUUUUGUUUUUUGUUUGUUUCACAUUGCUUGAGUGGCAAGGGGACCGGGAGGGGAACAGAAAACCCCGGGCUGUGUAUCCAAGCAACAAUGUUCUGGUUUACGGGGAAUAAAAAACUAAACUGGU